AUAUUUGUAAGUAUAUAGAGUUGAACUUGUGUAUAUAAAGUGUAGUGACAUUAUAGAGUGGGACCAGUAAUAUCUGUGCUUGGACAAGAUGAGAUCGUUUGUUGUAUUCUGUAUUGUGCUGGUGGCUGGAGUCUGUGCUACUGAAAAGGCCAACAAAAUCACGAGUGAAUGCAUUAAGGAAUCCGGUGUCAAAUCUGACGUGUUAGCCGAAGCGAAGAAAGGCAACAUUAGCGACGAUCCAGCAUUCAAAGCAUUCACAUUCUGCUUCUUCAAAAAGGCUGGCAUUGUCGGCGAAGAUGGCAAACUGAAUAGAGACGUAGCCCUAGCUAAACUACCUUCUGGUGUGGACAAAUCUGAGGCAGAAAAGCUAUUGGACUCGUGCAAAUCUAAAACAGGAAAGGAUGCCGUUGACACCGUCUUCGAAAUCUUCAAAUGCUAUCAGCAUGGUACUAAAUCACACAUUCUGUUCGCAUCGUAAGCUAAAAGGGGUCUAAUGGCUGUUUUCACUAACCAAUCUCCCACAAGAUAGGUGUCGCUUAACAACAUUUUUGACUGCACGGUUAGCGCGGUGGCUGGGCAACUGGCUGCCGUACAACGUGUAGCGCUUUCGAUUCCCGCACGGAGCAACUCUUUGUGUGAUCCACAAAUUGUUGUUUCGAGUCUGGGUGUCAUGUAAACGCACCCGCGACACAGGAGAAAAUCCUUGUGUGGGGCAACGUUAUAUAAAAAAAAUAUUUCAUCAACUUGCAAAUGACACCUAAAGUUAAGCGGGUGCUUCCCCUACGUUAAGUAAACCCUUACUUAAGAAAUGGUUGGUGAAAAUUGCCAUUAAUAUUCUAAUAGUUUAGUUGUUAUUCUCCGAAUGACCCCUGUCAGCAAAGUCUUAAGCUCUAAAUGACCCCAAUGUUAAGUUUCUGUUUUUCAAUUUUGUCUCUAGAUAUUUCAGUUAUAUUAACUUAAUAUUUAUUACUGUUUAUAAUUAAUUUGUUUAAUACACAGUUAUAAUAUAAAGAUAAUUUAAAAACAAAGGUAAUGUGUAUAGAAUUUCGGAGCGCGAUAAUUUUGUCGCAUCUGUUUCAAAAAUUGUUCAAUGCGUUAGUAUGAUGUAGGUAAUCAAAAAUGUGAUCAAUUAGAAUACAAACUUUAUAGUAUAAUUAAAUACACGACAAAAAAUAUA